GGAAUUGACAACGAUUUACUGAUACAUUUGCUUAAAGAUUUUUAUGUAUCAGAAAGUGGAUAUUAUAACAAGCUUUACCAAGUCACAUCCAGGGUUCUCACUGAUGGUAGAUCAGACACAGGCGGAUACGGAAGUAAAUCUAUUAGUGGUGGAAAUUGGCUUCAGGCAACAUACAUCCGUCCAGUGUAUGUCCAAAGUGUAGAAAUUGCUGGAGGAUACAUCCCCGCUUGGGGUCAUGCAAAAAGUGGCGCCUAUGGCGAUUUGUAUUUGCAAUAUUCCACCGAUAACCUGAAAUGGGUGACAGUAUGUUCAACUUUUGUUAUUUACAGUUUCAAUGCAGUAUCAGUUUAGGACAUGUUUAAAGUAAUAUAUAGAGAAAUAACCCAACCACAUUUGAAAGCAAAAAUUAACCAUUUAUUUUUCUCAUGAAGACACUCCCCAUAAUAAGAUCCAGCAAAAGUAAUGAUUUUAUUAUGAUAUUCCGAUUUAUACGUACAUGCAUGCAUGCAUGCAUGCAUGCAGAAGCAAAUUUUAAAUGCUUUGUGUUCAUUCAUUCAUUCCGUUCGUUCAUUCGUUCAUUCUUUCGGUCGUUCGUUCAUUAAUUAAAGAAAUGUUAUUUACCAAACCUGAUCAUGAUAGCUGCGAACUUGUAAGGUUAAUCCAUUUUUUAAACCGUUUCUCACAUUUAUAGGUUCGUACGCUACCAAAGCAGCCGGGAACACAAAUUAUGAGUUAUUCUCUCCUCAAGCCUAUUACUGCACAAUACUGGCGUCUUACUUCAAUCAACAACUGGAUUGCAACAACUGAAUUUGCUUUAAAGCCAUUAAUAAAACCGCAGUGA